AUGUUAGAUGGGUCACACUCGUGUACUGACCACCUAUAGUAAAUAAAAAGCAAGAAAAUAAUAUUCGGAAGUUUAAUUCAACCUUAUAACUAUAGCUGGUCUCCUGACCUUAUUCUUUUGAAUGUCUCGCUGACUGCUGCAAUCCUAUCACACCUGCCUGGCGUUAAAGUAAAAGAAGAGGUAAACAAAUGGAGCAACACGGCACAAAAAUGGAGGAGCUGUCGGGUGUUAUGAUUAUUAUCAUAAUUGGCGGCGGUGUUCUGACCUUCGUCUUACUCUUCAUAUUCGCCAAGCGCCAGAUUAUGCGCUUCACCUUGCGUGGUCGGCGUGGCCCCCAUGUACCCGUUGGCAACGAUGCCAAAAAAGCUCUGCGGAGGGAGAUAGAGCGUCGUCUAGACUGCAUCCAAAAAAUAGCGUUGCAGCCAAAGUUACUGUGGCAUGAUCCCGACAAGUACAUUGUGCAACCGGACCAAGAACUGCCACCAUACUAUCAUCGUAUGAAGGCUGUCGACGAUGUGAAGUUGUUGGAGUCGGAGAUAAGUCGUGCAUACGGCAGCUCGCGACACGCCCAUGAAAGCCUGCGAGCUUUUCUGCUCACCACACUGUCGGUAAUGUUGAGUGGAGCCGAGCAACGCAUUAUUCAUCAGUACUGUGAUAUGUAUGAGCAUGCCCGACACGAUCCAAAUGAGUUUGGCGCCGAUGAGUAUGAGGCCUACCAUCAUCUGCUCCUUAAACUGAUGGAAGCUGCUAAGCAAUUAAAGAAUUGCAAUUCAGGCAAACCAUCACCAGCACGCACGCCAAGAAAGCAGACGAAACGACAUUCCCUGCUCGAUCCUACACGUCUUCGUCCACCCCCAGUCCAUGAGACAGGAGGCAUGCCAAUGCAGCCGAGCAGCGAGCUAACUGCGGGCCAGCAUGCGAAAGUCAAUCUAACAUUAGGAUUGCAGGGUGACGAACUGGUGGCGGCUGAACUGGCAACGAAUCCUUUGCAUUUGCAAGCGCCAGCUGAACGGGAUCUUAUUAUACGCAAUCGCAUACGAACCCCUACGUUGGACGACAUUGUCGUUGAGGCUAAUCAACAGCAACAACAAAGCGAUGCUGUUACCAACGGGGUCGCAGAUGCUACAGAAAAUGAGAUUAAAAGCAUCUCAUCGGUGCAAUUUCAGCGGAACUCGAGCGUCGUUUAAAGCCAGCUUGCACCAAAAUACCAAACAAUGCAAUUAUCUUGCAAGUGUCAUUAAUUAUUAUUCUAAUUGUACUAGUAGUUUAGCAUUUACCAAUAUAUUAGUGUGCUCGUA